UUUGGUAUUGCGGUAUGAUUAUUACAAUCUUUUCAGGGACUGAAUCCGUGGCCAUGGCAAAGGACUUGGUGGACUGGAUAAGUCGGCAGGCGCAGAUCUCUGGUGAUGCUCGACAAGACCUUGUUCGCGUAGCCCGAAGACAUGCCUGGGAAAUGCAGAACUUUGCAGAGAUCAUUUGUGGAGAGCCCUCGCAGAAUCGAGAUCUCAUAGAUGUUUGUAGCCCCUUCGAGAUUGCUGUUCUGAGCCGUGCUUGGCGCAUGGACUUUGGAAUUCCAUCGCCACGAAAGGGACCUCGGAGGCAACGGCCAGCAGAAAGGGAUCAUUUGGAGGAGCGACAACACUACAUAGGUGGCCACAGCCACAUGUAUUUGCUGGAUGACUAUGUAGCUGCUGAUGAGGAGUGCCAGAACCGCCCAAGCGAUGUGAAGGUGGUGCCACGAGUAAGGGAAGCGUGGCCAGACAACAACCGUUACCACCGCGACGAGGACAAGAGUGACAAGAGGUCAGUGGUGGUGCACAGUGCCUGGAACAAUAAGGCUCCUGGCCGGUGUCCAGCCUGUGGGACCACCUUCCUGCCCGAGGAUCGUUUUUGCCGCACCUGUGGUCGCCGUCGUGUCUCUUGGAGCGAUGAAGGCCCUGCACCGGCAAAUGGAGAUGAGAAGACGGCCCUGGAGGAGCUAAGAGAGGAUCAGGAGACAUUGGACCAUCCUCAGCGUGAAGCAAGAGCAGCCUCGAUGAGCCUGGAUGACGCCUUGGCCGUAGCUGCGGGCACCAGUGCUAUCUUUGUGGCAGGACGAGGUGGCCUGAAGCGCUUCGAGCUGCCUGACCUGCAGCUUACAGCUGCAGCGCCUUACGCCGGGAGCGCUGAUCCACCAGGUUAUGCGGAUCUGGCGGCAGGUCCAGAUUUCGUGGUUUGUGUUGAUUUGGAUGGGUGCCUCUUCCGCUAUGACUCCCGAACGUGUGAGCUGCAGGCGAAGCGGGCAUACCAACCGUCCGUCGUUGAGCAUUCGCAGCGCAUUGUGGCGAGCCAGCUGGAAAGACUCAGCAAACCCAUUGUGGGUUUGGAGGGUGGCUUUGGGGGCACUUCCCGCGUGGCGGCCAAUUCCAAAUCUGUUUACCUUGGAGGGCGUGAUGGUGUAGUUACUUCAUACUCUUCAGGCUCCUUGAGCCUCACUGGGAGGUGUCGGUUGCAAGAGGGCCCUGCCUCUGCGGCGAUUGGUAUUCGAGCGGUGUUCCUCUCUCAGUACCAGCGGCUGUACUGUGCAGUGCUCUCCUCUGUGUAUGUCCUGGCUACGCCGGGCAUGUACGAGCUGGCACGUUUGCGCGGUGGACCUCGUGUGCCUGUCUUUGGCAGUGUAGGUGCUGUCGUGGAGAGUCCAGCUGGGGACUUGGUCUUUGUGGCAGACGUGGGUGGCCCGUCGAUCCACUUGUGGAGCACCAAGUCGUGGCAGUGGAUGGCCCGAGUGGAACUUCCCCAAGGUUUUCCAGCUUCGUGCAAUUGCCCGCCAUUUCUUUCAUCCGUGGGGUUUGUCGCCGGCGGCCCUGCCCGGCACUUGGCAGCGCCAGCCGCCCCAGUACUUUAUGCUUCCACCGAUGCUGGACGUUUGAUGGCCUUCGACUAUUCUCGUAUUCCUCCCCUCUGCAUUCGCGAGGGUCCAGGAGGUGGCCCUCUGUCUGUGGCGGAGUCAGCGCUGGCGGUCCUGUCGCAAGGCACACUGGAGCUGCGCCCAUAUUUGUGAGGAAUGCGGAUGCUCCGCGAAACCGCACGCAAUCCCACUGUGUUGUUCUUAUGAGAACAACAAAUCAAAGCAUCCCCACAGGGUUCAAUUGGCACGAACUUUGGAGCAGUGGCUGAAUCCAGCCGCCCUCCAGGUUUGAAUGAUGAGCGCAGAACUUGUGCAACACUUCUGAGGUCAAUGCAUUGAAUGUCAACGCACAAAUGGACGAACGCUAUUCUCCUUCAAUGAGCAUAAGGCACUCACCAAGUGGGUUGGCAAGACCAUUCUUUUGGAUGGGUGGGUGGCGGUAUAUCGGUGUAUAAUGCCAUGCAGUGCUGUUCAUGGGAAGGCUUUGGCACACAGCUGGUGUUGAAUGCUCGCAGGGUAGACGUUGUUUUGUUCAUUGAACAGGCAGAACAAGUCCCAAGGCAACUCCGUGUCCCGGUUCAAGCGAGUCACCGCAAGUCAUGAAAUCGAGGAAUCAACCUGGUCCCGGUUCUUCUGAAGCUG